GAUUACUGCUGACUGCCAACCACGCGUUGUACGUGUUUUUUGUUGUUGCUUCUGACGUUGAAGUGCAGUCCUUAGGAAGCUGGCAGCACUUAUUCCCAAGACUGCCGUGAUAAUGUGAUGGGUUAGCAUGCAAAGACCUCCGCAUAAUGUAAUUAAUACCGUUAAGCGAUCGCCUCCCACCACCGCUAAACUCCCACGGCCAGAAGCUGAGGGAAUGGGCGCUGUGCUGUCCGGUGGGAACGUGUUAACAGUUGCAUUUUAACAUUUGGAGUCUAGGCAAGUGAAGACAGCUUGGGGUGUUAUAUAUGUUUGCACUGUUGUUAGUAAGCCAGAGUUGAGCAGUUUAUUUUUUCGGACAUAGCCGAUGAAUUUCCAGUCUUGGAAAAUAUCUGCUCCUGUUUGCAGCGACGGUUUUGCACAUAUAAUGUGCUUAAAUUUCAUAUGGAAACAGGCAACCAACUGGCACAGUGUGUUUUAACAUCCAGGAGUAACAUUUCUACGGAUACGAUAUCGAGUGAAGCCUUUUACUCCUUGGGGUAAUUUUAGAAGAGCAUGGUCUGUUAUUUUUGCUGCACGCCAGUCCCACUUGCUCUGAUCACUAGGUUGAUGCUGUGACACGGACGACGAUGACUUACGCAUGCGCGUUAAUCGUGACACUCGUAGGAGUCUUAAGCUUUCUUAUGCACUCUUCCAUACAUAAGAUAGAAGAGGGUCACCUUGCAGUUUAUUACAGAGGUGGAGCUUUGCUGACAUCUCCUAAUGGCCCAGGGUAUCACAUAAUGUUACCGUUCAUCACUUCCUACAGAUCUGUCCAGACGACCCUCCAGACUGAUGAAGUGAAAAAUGUGCCUUGUGGAACAAGUGGGGGUGUCAUGAUCUUUUUUGACCGUAUUGAAGUGGUGAACAUGCUGGUUCCCUCAGCAGUGGUGAGCGUUGUGAGGAACUACACUGCCGAUUAUGACAAGACUCUAAUAUUUAACAAGAUCCACCAUGAGCUGAAUCAGUUCUGCAGCAUACACACACUCCAAGAGGUGUAUAUUGAAUUAUUUGACAUUAUUGAUGAGUACCUGAAAACUGCUCUUCAGAAGGAAUUGAACAUCAUGGCACCUGGUCUCACAGUUCAGGCUGUCCGUGUUACAAAGCCCAAAAUCCCUGAGGCCAUCAGAAGAAAUUUUGAGCUAAUGGAGGCUGAGAAGAGCCGUCUGCUCAUCACAUCCCAGACCCAGAAAGUGGUCGAGAAGGAGGCAGAGACAGAGAGGAAGAAGGCCAUUAUUGAAGCCCAGAAGAUUGCCCAAGUUGCAGAGAUUCAGUUUAAGCAGAAAGUUAUGGAGAAAGAAACGGAAAAGAAGAUUUCAGAAAUAGAGGACUCGGCUUUCCUGGCUAGAGAAAGAGCAAAGGCAGAUGCUGAGUAUUACACUGCAGAAAGGCUUGCUGAGGCUAAUAGGGUGAAACUGACUCCGGAGUACCUGGAGCUCAUGAAAUACCAGGCGAUUGCAGCCAGCAGCAAGAUCUACUUUGGCCAGGAUAUUCCAAGCAUGUUUGUUGACAACAGUGCCCCCUCUGGCAGAACUCAGGCAGAGCUGGGCCCAAGUGAGCAGCAUAGGUCUCUGGACAAGACUGCGAGUUCCAGGAAAUUAACGCAUUCUGCAGGCAAGGUCUCCAGAAUGGACUCUGUCCGUUGAUAAGGAAGGUUUGAAAAGCCCAUAGGUUUUCAGUUAAAGAAUGUGGGUGGAAAAAACUGACUUACACAUUGUGAAAUGAUGGAAAAGGUUACAAGUCAGCAUAGCACCACUGAUGGGUCAGUUCAAUUUAUUGAAAUAAUUUGGUACAUUUUGGUUUUUAUUGCUUUCAUUGACAUGCAUGCUUAUGUCUGUUUGCAGUUAUGUCACUAAAGCAUGUCUAAGAAGGAAUGAUAACUGAAUAUAUUUAUACCAGGGGUCUCUAACUCUGGUCCUGGAGAGCUACUAGGUUUUCUAUCCUUUUAUAGCAGUUUUGUUUUACUAUUUACUGAAUUUUCAAGUUUAAUUACAUUGAUUUUUCGCUGAGGGACAUUUCUGCACUUCACGAUCUAGAAACGUUUCCCUUUUGAUUUUUACAGGACCUUUGCUAAGAUAUCUGGGUCAAUAGAGGGAGCUGUUUUUCUUCAAAUCGAAAGCAUUUACAUGCUGAAAUACCUGUGAGUCGUUUCACAUCGAAGAAUGUAAUUUAAAACACAAAAAAGCAUAAACCAUUUAGUCAGUUCUACUGUGCUAUAUUGUUUUAAUUAAAAAAAUCUCAACGGCACACUGAAUGCAUUUCUUUUUGGAAUUUUGUGUUGUUUUUUGGUAUAAAGUUCACAGCCACUGGGAAAACGUUUGAGAUUUAUAUGGUGAGUUUGGGUUUAGUUCAGCUAGCCACAUUUAUGCGUCAUUUCAAAAUGACAGUUUUUCUGUUAACUAAAAUAAAACUGUGAAAUUUUCUUUGAUCUGCUAAAACAUGACAAUCCAGAAUUAUCUAAUAUUUUUUGCCCAAGGCUAAAUAAAUUUGCAAAAAAAAAAAAAAAAAGAUCUGGAACUCUGAGUUUCUAGUUUAUUCCUUUUUAAUGUGAUCUUAAAAGUGUUCUUUUAAACAGGAUAAAAAGCACUAAUUAAACAAAAGACGCCUAUUAGAGGAGCAGUUAAAAUGAGGUGUACGCUGCAGUGGGGAUUUGCGUUCUAUCAAUGAUCUGCCCCAUUAGCUUUCUGCUGUGGGGAGUCUCAGGGAAGACAGAUUGAUUCAAGUGAGUUUUAUGGACUGGGGAUAUUUUGUCUUUUUCUGUGACUCCAGCAAUCAGAUCACAACUGACACUGGUACAGUGAGUAGCACUGUAUUCCACAUGUGUUACAUCGCAUGAUAAAGCACAGAGGCUGUAACUGGAAAAAAGCCUGAAGAAGGUGUGCCCUUAGACCUCUCAAACUGGUGUGCAUGUUCUGCUUUGGGAAAAUGGAAAUAAAAAUAUGCUCUAAAACGAUCAGUGAACAGUACUGUAGAUUAAUAAUAUUUUAGAUCAGUAAAACAGAUUACUAUCAGCAUAGUAUCCAGAAGUGCACCAACGUGGUAAGAGUACCCCCCCCCCCCUACUAUUACAACGGGUGGACGUCAGUGGGGUGGCUACGGAAAAUGUUGUCGACAGGGUGAGGGGGUGGCCUUUUAAGCGAGGCCCCUGAGCUUCAGCCUGGGGAAGCCUGUGCAUUGAUGCGCCCCCGUUAGUACCAGAAACUAGCAGGCCAGCCUGAAGGACUUUUAACACAGCAUUAUUACUAUAGUUGCUGCUGUUGUGGUUAUUAUUAUUAUUGCUCGUGCCAUUUCUAACCUCAUCCAGGCAAGUCAAGUAGGUUUAAUUGUCGUUUCAGCCAUAUACACAGUAUACUGUACAGUGAAAUUAAACAUCGUUCCUCCAGGGCCAUGGUGCACAAAAAGUACCCAGAAGUACCCAGAAAAAGUACUCAGAAGUACUCAGAGAAAGUACUCAUGGCUUGUGUUUACAUGUUCUGGCACUCAUCAUUUUGUAUAGUGCAAUCCAGAGCUUAGAUGUUGGCUGAUCCCAUUUUUAACUGCUGCUAUAACACCAAAAUUUCCCCUUUUGGGAUUAAUAAAGUUAAUCAAAUCUAAUGUAAUGUAAUCUAAUCUAAUCUAUAGGAUUUUUACAAGUUAAACUAUCGUACAGUAUAUGAUGGAACAAAUGGCUUUAUUGUUAUUGCACAAGGUACACCAAAAUUGAAAGACUAUCCUUUUCAGUGCAACAAAGAAAAAAAAAGUCAGCAAGGAUACAAAUACAGAAAAAAUAAGAUGGAUAGAAUAUAUAAUAAACAAAAAUUGGAAUAUAAAAUAAGAAAAUAGAAUAUAAAAUUGCUGGAUAACUAUUGGUGUGAUCCACUGAACUGAAAUUUGCACUAACAAACAAAAACACACACAGAAACACAGAUAAAAGGCACCAAAGAGGGGAGUACAGAGCCACUGCGUCUAAUCCAGGGUGUACCUUACCUUUUACCUUACCUUUUACCUUACCUUACCUUACCUUACCUUACCUUACCUUACCUUACCUGCUAUUUUUGGAAAGAUGCUCAAGGCUCAGCAUGAGCCUUUUCUGGAUAAUGGAUCAGAGGAUGAUAUUAUUCUUGGAAAUGUACAUUUUUUUCCAUUCAUUGCUUUAAUAAUGAAGGCUAAACUACUGUAAUUUGAUGAUCAUUAUUUGUUGUAAAACCUUCAGUGUACUGAACAGAAGGUGAAAACCAGACGUCAAGGAAGGAACUGUUUUCAGAGGGGAACGCUAUGGACUGCAUUUAAGUUAAGGAGUAAUUUUUAAAAUACAGGCUUACAGGGACUGACUAAAAAUGACUCAUGCAGUGUGUGACAGAGUAGUUUAUUCUUUUUAAUGUGACACAUAUACAACGAGUAUGCCUUUACGGAAUUAAUCCCUGUUAGCCAAAGUGGGCUUAUAUGUUUUGAGAUAAAGGAUUUACUGGAACUACACAUAUCAUAACUUAAUGUAAUCAGUCGCCUGACGCAGCAUAUAGUCAGCCUAAAUCCAUCCUGAACAUUAACCCCAAAACCCACCUUCGCAAUCUUCUUAGAGGUCUCUGUUCUGAAUUCUACAUAAUGCUAGUGUCUGAAAAUGACCCAAUAACAUUUUGUUAUUGGAUGAAACGGAGACUGUGAUCCCUCACAGACGGCCCUUUUAAAACGUGAUGCUUUUCCGGUUCUCGUCUCUAGGACGAUUUUGCAAGCGUGAUGUUCGUGCAGAGAGAAAAAAAAAGUCCCAAGGAAUCUGGGGAAGGAUAAACAGUGAAGGUGGGAGAGAAUCCACUAAGUGACUAUAAUCUUUCCCAACAUGGAAAUGGUCAACAGCAUGGCUGAAGCAGAAAGCUACAGGCCUGUAGUCAUAACCAUUUUCAGGCAAUCUAUUUAUUUGUGAUGGACUUACUAAGGAAUGCAAAUAUGUAUGUGCUGUCUUCUGUCUUUCGAUUGCCUUUAUCGUUGAGAUAUGCACAACUUACUAUACCUAAUGCAUUUAAUGUCCAUCUCUGUUUUGCAGCAGUAGGAAGGAUCUGCCGUUUAUCACUGCAUUCAUCCUCCUUGACCCAUUGCCAAGUCGGCUACUAUCACUCCUGCUGUCGUCCAUAUAGUAGAUAACAUCCCACUUUGAAACUUCUGGUGCAGCUAUGCAUGCCACCACCAGCUCAACCCAAAGAAUAAACUGCCAUUACUCAGCCAGCAGAACUCUGCUGCAUGAUUUAUUAGCGAGCGUUCUUCACAGUCACUACUCUGCUCUUAUCGCAAGAGCCCCAAGCCAGGAAUGCUAGGGUGGGAGAGAGCAAGAACAAAUGUUCGGUUUGAAAUUCAUAAACAAUGAUAGGAACGCAGAAUGAUUUUGAUGAAAACUCAUUAUCGCAGGCACCUUUUAAACCUCCAGCUGAAAUUGAGCAGGACCAUUUGAAAAAAAAGCAUUGUGUGCAAUUAGAGCAAGUCCUACAAGGAAAAUAAAAUGCUGACAGAGUUACACUAUUAUUCAAUUUCCCCAAGUUUGAGCAAUAUCCCCUCCCUCACUGGGGUGAAUUUCCUAACAGUGAGCUUCCUGAAGGACUAGUGCCAGAUGAUGCAUUCUGAAUCAUGAGACUUAUAACAGGAAAUGUAGCCUUUGGCAGCGCUACAGCCAAGACACGAGACCUAGAGUUUUGGUGCCGCUUUGGUGCUAAAGAGAUGGCUAACAAGCAGGCCACUCUAAAAAUAACAGAACAGCAAUAAAAGAAAGAAAUCGACACAUUGCAAUGCUUUAUGACCAUCAACAGGUCAUCAGGAUGAGGAGUUAAAUAAAAAAUGUAAUAUGAUUAAAAAUAUAUCCUAUGCAACAAACAGCUCUUUCAGAACGGCUAACAAAUGGACCUUGUGAAAGAAAGAAAAAAAGUACAUGAAAUAUGUUCAAGCUUGAACCUAAGAGAGCAAAUCCUGGGGCCUUGUAAAGCUAACCUUUAAAUACAAAAUCUAUGCAUGCUGGGUGAACCUCCUUACUUAAGCAUGUGCACCUGACUAUAAUUAACACUAGCUUCUGACUGGCACAUACACACAUUAUUGAGCUUAAUUACUGCAAUUAUGCAAUCGCAGAUGCAAUUCUGUGUGAUUAGUCCUCACAUUCACAGCAAAGUCACUUUAUUUGUACUCAUACUGAGUUGAGCAAUAUUUUAAUGGCUUUAAAGUGUCAUUUCAGUUUUGCAGUUAUGUUUUUGUUUUGUGAUUGAUUUUUUGUUAAUGUGACCAAUAUUAACUCAGCUGUUUGGGUUUACAUGAGGAUACAUGAUUAAAUGCAGCCAGAAUGUAA